GUCAGCCGUAAGCUAAUUUUCUUAUAAUUUAAAUUUUUGUGAAUUCAAUAAUUAAUAAAGCCGUUAUAAUUUUCAUACUUUGGAGUCUUUUUGCUGUUCAGUUCACUAAUCUUUCCAUUGGUUGCAUGAUAUCUAUGUAUGUACAUACAUACAUACAUACAUAUAUUCAUCUGUAACGCAAUAAGCAAAACAAUUAAUUAUGCAUAGAUCGUUUUCAUCGGCUGAAUGGGAACAAAUUUGACAAAUGAGAGCCAAAAGCCUAAAACCAUUAUGAGCCAUUUCUUUUAUAUAAGUUUUUGGUAACACGAAUUGAAGACUGUUAUUGCAGUUAAUGGUCCUUUAGUUAUCUUGGAUGAUGUAAAAUUUCCGAAAUUUUCUGAAAUAGUUCGAAUACAUAUGAAAAACGGAGAAACAAGAACAGGACAAAUUUUAGAAGUUUCUGGUAAAAAAGCUGUAGUACAAGUAUUUGAAGGUACUUCACAAAUUGAUAUUAAUACAGUAAUCGAAUUCACUGGCGAUACUUUGCAUGCUGGUGUUUCCGAAGAUAUGUUGGGCAGAGUUUUGAAUGGUUCUGGAAUACCAAUUGAUCAUGGUCCUAAAGUAUUACCUGAAGAUUUUUUAGAUAUCCAAGGUCACCCAAUAAAUCCAUGUACAAGAAUUUAUCCAAGAGAAACAAUUCAAACUGGAAUUUCUGCAAUUGAUGUUAUGAAUACAAUAGCACGAGGACAAAAAAUUCCAAUAUUUUCAGCAGCCGGAUUACCUCAUAAUGAAAUUGCAGCACAAAUAUGUCGUCAGGCAGGUUUGGUUAAGUUAAAUAAAUCUGUUCGUGAUGAUCAUGAUGAUAAUUUUGCUAUUGUUUUUGCUGCAAUGGGUGUAAAUAUGGAAACAGCUAGAUUUUUCCGAACAGAUUUUGAAAUUAAUGAAACAAUGGAAAAUGUUUGCUUAUUUUUAAAUUUAGCAAAUGAUCCAACAAUUGAACGUAUUAUAACACCAAGAAUUGCUUUAACUACUGCAGAAUUUUUAGCAUAUCAAUGUGAAAAACAUGUUCUUGUAAUCUUGACCGAUAUGACAUCUUAUUGUGAAGCAUUACGUGAAAUUUCUUCAGCAAAAGAAGAAGUCCCGGGUAGAAGAGGUUUUCCUGGUUAUAUGUAUACCGAUUUAGCAACAAUUUAUGAACGUGCCGGUAGAAUUGAAGGUCGAAAUGGUUCAAUAACACAAAUACCAAUUUUAACAAUGCCAAAUGACGAUAUAUCACAUCCAAUACCAGAUUUAACUGGUUAUAUAACUGAAGGUCAGAUAUAUAUUGAUAGAGAUUUGCAUAAUAAACAAAUUUAUCCACCAAUUAAUAUAUUACCAUCAUUAUCAAGAUUAAUGAAAUCAGCAGUUGGUGAUGGUAUGACAAGAGAUGAUCAUCCAGAUGUUUCAAAUCAAAUAUAUUCUUUAUAUGCUAUUGGAAAAGAUAUUAAUUCUAUGAAAUCAAUUAUUGGAGAAGAGGCUUUAAGUGAAGAGGAUAAAUUAUAUUUGGAAUUUUUGAAAAAAUUUGAAAAGAAUUUUUUAUCUCAGGAUCAUAAUGAAAAUCGAGAUGUUUUGAAAUCAUUAGAAAUUGCUUGGCAGGCACUAAGAAUUUUUCCCAAAGAAAUGCUUAAGAGGAUUCCAAUUGAUAUUUUAGAGAAAUAUUAUAAACGAGGAUCAUUAUUAUAAGACAAUUAUGAAAACAAUAAGACGAGCAGCUUCCAGUUUCUCUUAAUUUGCAUAUGUUGUCUCUAUUUAGAACUGAAAUUAAAUUUAUUUCUGUAUAGAGAAAUUUUGUAUCUGACAUUAUAGUAACUAAAUAACCAUUUCCCCGACUAGUAACUAUAAACACUACAAAUUCUAUACAAAAUUCACAUAACCUUGUGUAACUGACGCUACAGAAUAAUUAAUAAAUUUGCACAUUUAAGUUAAUACGAAAGUGUAAUAGUGUAAUCACAUUGCUUCCAUAAUAUGAUAUGCGUUACAACGUCAACGUGUAUUAAAUAAUAUUAUGUAUGUAUGUAUAUGUGAAACAUCUGGGAGUUCGGAAAUUUUAAUUUUCAUUCCUUUCCUUUUGAAAUUAAAGCAUACUUUAAAAUUGCAAGAACUAGCAUAUAGCAGA